GUUCUCUUGGACACAGUUUAACAAAGACGAAAAGUUCGUCAAUGAGCUUAUGCGACAGUACCCGAAGGUUGCGAGGAAGGUUGAAAUGAUGUUUGCGGAGCACUACCAGCGUCUGGACCGCCUGCCUGACGGCCCCAGUGCAGAAAGUGAGGUGCCGCCGAGUCCACGUCCAAAGGAGGCUGGUGGUGCGGAACCUUCGCAUCCUGCACUGGCGGAUCCCAAGGUGAAGGCCCGCUCCCAGCAGAGCGCAGGGCUCGCGGAGGAGAUGUACCGGGCAUACCUCCGGGAGCAUGGCUACAAGCCGGCCGAUAGA